CUGCACUCGCAGCAGCGACGACCUCGUGUCCUUCUUGCUCGCCUCUUGUUAUUAGCGUCGUCCAUAUAUAUUCUCCCAGCUCGGUGGACCCUGACUCAGCAUGGCAUCUCAAGUAACACCGCCCUCGUCGUCGCCAACUCGGUCUGCUCCUGUGCAGCCUGUGCAGCCUGUACAGCCUGUGCAGCCUGCGUGGCCCGCGUCUUCUGAGCCUCCACCCAAGCGGCGACGCAGAGGCCCUCCUGUGGGCGGUGCAUCCAAUGGCCCUGAUCCUCAACAAGGCCAUGUCUUCACUCCAGGCCGCGCCCGUGAGCUUCAUGUAAAACCCCACGGACGGCGGUCCUUGGCCGACUUCACCUUGCUGUAUCACCGGGCCAAGGUUGCUGCAGAUGGGCCAAAAGAGAAUGCUGCCACUGGCCGCCGCCAGACUCCUGUCGCAGCCUCAACCACGACAUCGGCAUCGGCAUCGGAGAGCCAACACAACUGGGCGUCUCGCCCACCUCAGCCGGCCUGGGCCAACCCAGCGCCUUCUCUUGCCUAUGCCCAGGGGGGGCAACACUGGAUGAAUCACGGCAGUCUUGACCCAUCCCCAGUCAACCCCUUGGUCCAAAACUACUACCACCACUACCACAACUACCACAGGGGACGGCCCGUUUUCCAGCCUCACGAGCAUCAAUGGUCCUGGCAGCAAAACCAUGCCUACGGUGUGCCAACACAGACGCAACCGUUCGUUGGUCACGCCUCCCAAGUGCAUCAUGCCGCAGCCACCGGGACAGCAGACCGGCCCAUCUUGUUAGAUGACUCCCCGGUCCAGCCAGUCCAUGUCCCUGCUGCUUCCACCCAGACACAGAAAUUCCAAGGGGGAGGCAUGUAUUUUCAGCCACAGUUUGGCAUCGACGAUAAGGAAAACACGGUCUCACACCAAGCCGGAUAUGGUCGACAUAUGACCUCAGGCUACGAUCCAAAAGCAGGAUUUUCCAAUGGGGCUGCCCGAGGAUCCAGCAAACCCGGUCCAUCCGUUCGGCCUCAAGACAAGAAAUCAGAGCCGGGCAGGGAGUCACAGCCCGAGCCUGCCCGGGACGAGCCCAAAUUAUGUCCUGAACAAGCCGAGUUGGUCUCCUUGAUCGAGCAGGGCAAUAAUGUCUUCUACACUGGCUCUGCCGGCUGCGGCAAGUCUACGGUCCUAAAGGCGUUUGUCAGGCGACUACGGGACAGUGGAAAGAAAGUACGCAUUGUUGCUCCCACUGGCAGAGCAGCAUUAAAUGUCGGCGGUUCUACAACCUGGACAUUUGCAGGCUGGACACCCAGUUCGCACAAACUCCCCAUCGACAAAAUAAAGCAGGGGGCGCAUGGUAAGAAUGUAUACAGGCGACUCUCAGAAACUGAUGUCUUGGUCAUUGAUGAGAUUAGUAUGGUUGAAAACUUGCAUCUCGAAAGACUCAACAUUCUCAUGAAGACCGCCCGGCAUGAUCCCACAUUGGCCGUGCAGCCCGCCUUCGGAGGGUGUCAGAUUGUUGUUACUGGGGACUUCUGCCAAUUGCCGCCCGUGAAGCCAUUCCAACACUGCCUCGAUUGCGGCAGAGAGCUGACUACGAAGGUCAACGAAAUUGGAAAGCUGGUCCAUGCCUGUAGGCUCCACGGAGAAUACGCUGACGAGGACAAAUGGGCUUUUAGGAGCAAUGCCUGGGGCGAAUGCAACUUUGUGCAUUUUCAUUUGAAGACGAUACAUCGUCAAAAUGACCAAACGUUCAUCAGAAUGCUGCAAAAGUGUCGUUUGGGACACCGGAUGAAUGAGUCGGAAAUAUCGCUCCUCAUGAACCACCAAUGUCGAGUCUCCCAGGCCACCAAGCUGUAUUCGACCCGCAAGGAAGCUUCAGACGUCAAUCGCGCGGCGUUCAACCAGCUGAAGGGUGUCAAAUACGCCUACUGGUGCCAUGACAAUUUCUUCCUGCGCGAGUGCCAUCCUCAUCUCCAGCGGAAGGGCGUGCGUGGUGAAUGGCACAGUGAGUCGGAGGUGGCGUCUCCUCCAGAGACGAAGCGGCCCCUGUACGCACUAGAAGAUCAUCGCUGGGCCAAGUGCGUCGAGCUCAAGAGAGGAAUGUUGGUGGUCCUCCUCACGAAUCUUGAUCUUGAGGCCGGUCUUUGCAACGGCUCCCAGGGCGUCAUCUGUAGCUUCGAGGACUACGACCCCAAGAUGAUGCCGAUGAAGGAGAUAACCAACGCCCGCGGAAGAAAGAAGGUCGAGCCACAGCCGGGCCAGAGGGUCCUCAGGGGCGAACACGCCGCCGUCCAGGAGAGCGAGAUCAAGGACUUCAUAUUGACCGAAUCUGCGCCUGUCAAGAAAUGGCCCGUGGUGCGGUUUCACAAUGGCAUCAGGCGCACCGUGUACGCCGAGUGCAGCAUCAGCCAGCUCGGGGACGAGGAGCCAUAUAGCCUGCUGGUCCGCACGCAGAUCCCGCUGGCACCUGCUUGGGCUAUGACCAUCCACAAAUCUCAAAGCCUCACACUCGACCGCUGCAUCGUGAACCUCAGCAAGGCAUUCGAGGAUGGUCAAGUAUAUGUCGCGCUGUCGAGGGCGACAGGUCUCAAUGGUUUGAAAAUCGAGGGCGAUGGUGACUUUCUGCGGAAUAAGUUGAUGGUGAACCCUGAAGUGGCGGCCUUCUUGAAGGAGAAAUUUGGUGACAUAUACGGCGCGACAGAGUCUGACGAUGAGGAACCCGUGCCACAAUAGCCAGUGGACCGCCAAAGUCCCGAUUACAAUGUUGAUCAGCACCUCGUGGAAUGGCCUAACUCAAUUCAAUUCAAAUUCAUUACUAAGAGACCAGAGAACGCCCUGGGCCUUAUCUUGAAUGGCGUAUGUGGUAAGCUGCUCUCAGCAAAUACGCCUCGCGGUCAACACAGCCCAAAAUCAGCGCCCCUGCUGCCGAUCAGUUCUAGCUACAUCUACUGCUCAUGAUGUCCCGCAAGCUGCUACCGGAGGGCACAUGCAUAUACAAGUCGAACCGGCCUCAAACGUGCCAG